UAAAGUUGUCAGGGGUUUACCCCUUGUUGUGGUAGGUAUCGAUCAUGGCUUGGGGAGGGCAGCGAGCCCGCAAUCUUGGCCUCAUUAGCGACUACGUCUCGGACUAUUUCUCCGAGUCGUCUGCAGAGAGCGAGCAUAGCAACUGGGAGAGCGAGGAAGAAGGAGAGGACUCGGGCGCACCUGCCGAGCAGGAGCGUGUGGGCCGGUCCAAGAUCCGAGCACCGCCGCGCUACCCGAGGCCUCACUCCCACCUCUUACGCAAGAGAGACGGACAGAGAGCCCGGGGAAACAAGCACAGCAGGAGAUGGGAAAACUCUGUGUUUAUUAGCACUCUGCACCAACUGCCGGAGGAGGAGAUAAAGAAGGGUUACUCCAUUCUUCCUGAGCACUGCUCUUCCUUUACCAAACUCCACACAGACCAAAGCUCUAUGCAGGUAUGGCAAGAGUUUACUUCAUUUCCAGAAGAGGAACAGGGGGCAAUAUUGGGGGGUAGUUGGAGGAGUCCUCCAAUCCAGGGGGGUAAGGGGGUCAGUAGGAAAGGGGGCAGUGUUGAAGAUCGCUACAGUAUCAUUGACCGACACAUACGAGUCAUGCUCAAGCACAACAAGCACCUUCCACACGAGUUUCUGCGAGCGGUUGAGGCAGAGCUAACAGAGUAUUUCAUGACAGACCACUGCACCUUGGUGGUUGCCAUUCAUCAUGACACGUUCUAUAGGCUUCUGGUGCAUGGCUUGUGUCAGUAUUUGGGAUUAACUUCAACCACACUGUACAAAGAUGGCAUGAGUCUGAUGUUACUGGAGUGUUGUAAAGAUGUCUUUGUUCCUCCGUCUGUCUCUCUCGCCUCUCACCUCUUCUCUUCCCCACCCAGCUAGCUCCAUCCCAACCCAGCUAGCUCCACCCCACUCAGCUAUAUAAUAUAUAGCUCCAUCCCAACCCAGCUAUAUAGUAUAGCUCCAUCCCACACUUCAACAACCACAAACCCAAGCUUCUCACGUCCUGUCCUUCUGAUAUUCCACCUUCCCAGCUAUAGCCCCACACAUCAUCACUUUACUCCUACAAUUGGCACAGCAAAUUGCCUCUUCUCACGAGUAAAGCUGGCCUGCCUCACUCUAGUAGACUUUUUGCUACCAUAUUGUAGACCUGGUUUUGUAGAUAGCUAAAUUAAUUCUUUCUCGUUAUGUGAGUGUGUAAAGUUCAUUGAAAAACCGUGCAUUGAGAUGACUAUAUAAGUAGGCUCUACUUUCUCGCCAAUUGAGACCUGUCACAGUUCUUGUUAUAAUCAAUCACACACCAAUUCUCGAUGUUGUAAGAGCACUCUGAGACGUAGUCUGCUGGGCUCUAGCUACACUGCUGUUGGCCAGUUGCUCCAGGAGCAGGCGGUAGUCAAAUUUCUCUGGAUCGUGGUUAAACUGUCGCAGUAGAGUGCAGCGUUCGGCGUCCUGGGAAUUGUAGUACAGCUGGACCUGGUUGGCCAGGUACUGCGCCUCAAAUGACGU